CGCGUGCGAGUCUCCGUAGUGGCGUUGCGUCGCUCGUGCUACUACUCCGAUUCACAACGAGCUGACGUCUCGCGGGCCGGAGCAGCUAUAUUACAGUAAAAAACGUCCAAGAAUCAUUCGAAAACACCGCGACAAGCCCCUCUCUGCCGAGACGAAGGGAUGGACUUCCCUGUGGAUGUGCUGGAAGCCACGAAUCACGGGGAGCUAGAGCGCUCGGCUCGUAGCCGCAUGAAUGAGCUGCUUUACACUGACCCUGACCACGCCCACAACUUCACACUGCCCAGUGGGAAGAAGGUUCAGAUCAGCCUGUCCAGUGUGGGCUUUGUUCCUCUGUAUGGAGCCAAUCUCCAGCACAAAGUCCUGGCUCUGUUCGCCCCGCAGGACCAGCUCACAGCCGUGGCUUUGUUUUUGGACAAUCAGUGGUACUCUGUGGAAGAUAUCCUCAAAACAGCAAACUCCAGGCGAGAAGGCCUUGUCAAGGUGAGGUCUGUGGGCGAGCGGAUCGUCCUGUAUGUGUUGAACCGCCUUGUUUACCGCACUAGCGAGAUGGGAAAUGGAGAGAUGCCCUUCCUGUGCCACAGUGAAAACGACUACGCCAAAAUCCUCUGGAAGAAUGGCCAAGCUGUGGGCUUCUACUCGGUCAAACCAAAAGGUAGCGUUUGUAAUAACUUUUUGAGGCAGUGCUACUCCCUUCCCGUCAUGGACACCAUAUUUGUGAGGAAAGCUCACCGGGGAAAAGGCUAUGGGCUGCAGAUGCUGGAGGAUUUUGUGGAUUCUUUUAACGAGGAUGAACUUGGCCUGAAGUACCCUUUGUCUCCAGCUAUGGCAAAUGUGUGUAGGCAUUAUCUGGACCGUUACCCGGCUGAUAUAGACCUGUUCUGGGAGGUCGAGGGUGUCGGUGGCCCCUACCAGAGGACCAGAGUGGCUUAUAAACUCAGCUGUAGACCAUUGAGCGUAGAUACUCAUAAAGAUGGCCGUGAAGAGGAUCAUGGGCAAAAUGGAGAUAUUGUGGAGGAAUCGGAGGAGACCUGUCUUAACAUCACGGAGGAAGUUAUUGUCGUCAACAAGCAUCGUAAAGUCCCCGAAGAGAUAGACACGCCGAUCUCCACACGCACCCGGAGCAGUGAGCACAGGCGGAAGAAGCGCGUUCGGGUCGACGAGGAGGCACAGGGGAUGGAUAGCCAGCCGGAGAAAAUCACCAGGAUGGAGAUGGCAGAAGAAGAGAAGAAGGAAUUGGUCCCUGCUGACGGUGGGGUAGUUGAACCGGCGCCCGAGGCUCCUACAGAGACACUGGUACCAACUGUGGAAGCGCACGGCGAGCAGGCUGAAGAUCAGGAAGAGGUGAAGGAGGGAGCAGGAGCGGUGGACGAAUCCGCCAUCCUGAACGGCACCGGCAGCGAGGAAGAAGAGGAGAUGGAGGUCGAGGAAGAGGUCGAGGAACACGCAGCUCCUGCACAAAAGACUGUGGACACUCCAGACGAGCCAGCUGCAGAGCAACGGGAAGCAGCUCCCGUGGUUGAGGAUAACCAAGAAAUGGAAGAAGACACUAGAGCUCAUGUGCAACAAAAAGAGGAUGAUGGUCCUGCAGCUGAGGAGGAAAGGGUUGCUGAAAAUGGACAGAAAGAAGUAGAUACACAAGGAGCUCCUGCAGCUGAGGAGAAACAAGAAGUAGCUCCUGCAGCUGUGGAGAAACAAGAAGUAGCUCCUGCAGCUGAAGAGGAACAAGAAGUAGCUUCAGCAGCUGUGGAGAGACAGGAAGUAGCUCCUGUUCCCAAGGAGAAACAAGUAUGUCCUGCAAUUGAAGAAGAAGAAGAAGAAGCUCCUGUAUCUGAUGAGGACCAGGAAGGACCUCCUGCAGCUGAGGAGAAACAAGACGAAGCUGCUGUAGCUGAAGAGGAACAGGAAGCUGCGCCUUCAGUUAAGGGGGAACUGGAAGUAGCUCCUGAAAUAGAGGAAAAUGAAACAUCUGCUGCUGCCGAGGAGGAACAGGAAGUAGCUCCGGAAACUGAGGAUAAUGAAGUAGCUCCUAAAGUGGAGAAUCAGGAAGUAGAUUCUCCCGCCGAGGAAACUUCAUCUUCACUUGCCACUGAUGCUGAGGGAGACCAAGGACAGGAGGAGGCUAUGGAUGUAGCGAAUGAUAUCGACGAAGUGACUGACACAUCUGAACAAUCUUCUAAGGAAGAGGAGCCUCCUGGAGAGAAAGACCACGACACGCCGACGGUGGAGGAGGAGGAGGAGGAGGAGGAGGCAGCUGAAAAGGAGGAUGAGAUGGAUGAAGACGGAGAGGAAACGAAUGUAAACGAAGCUUCAAGGGUUCUUCGGGGAGCCAGAGCCAAAGCGGUGACUCCAACCUCCAAACGCACCUCCAAGAAACCGAGCAAGAUGACGGUGGAGGACGAAGAGGAAGAACGGGGAGAGGUGAAGGCGGUCGGAGACGACAAGGGAACGAGCACGGAGGAAGAGAAGGUGACGACGGAGGACGAGGCAGAGCACAGUUCAGAGGAAGAGGAGCAAGUACGGGAUCCGCCGGCGAUCGACAAGAGGGUGUUGAGGGGGAAAAUCAAAGUGAUCCAGACCACGCAGAGAACCAGAUCCAAGCGACGUGGCAAGAUGUGAACACUCACCACACACACACACACUCGCUCACUGAAUCUCCCGUAACAUGCACACAUUUUAAUAACACACAUGGGUUAUUUCAAAUGAAAGGUUACAGUAAACAAAACAGCACCGAACAGCCACUAGUGAGGUUUAAAGCCUGAGUGUGUGUGUGUGUGUGCAAAUGUGUGCAUGUAUACAGUCUGUAUAAACACACACACACACACACACACAAACACACACACACACACAAAUGAGCUUAAACCUGAUUGGCAGGGUUUUAUAGUGCUGGAUUUUUAUACUGAGGUUCGGGGUUUCAGUGAUUCACUAACUGUUCUUCUAACUGUAACUAAGGCCUUUUGUUAGCUCACUUUUUAUUACCGAAACAAAAAAAAAAAAAAAGAAGAUAUUUUGUAUAAAAUAUUUCAGAUCUUCCUGUCCUUCCUAUACCAAACAUUCACUAUUAAACCCAAUUGAGCCAUUAUGAUUAAUGCUCUGUACGACUGAUGCCUUUGUUUCAAUACUGUUUUUUUUUUUUUGUUGUUUGUUUGUUUAUUUUUUUAAAUAAUGCCCUCGUCCCAUCGUCUUGGCAAACUCCCCUUCGCCAAGGUCGGAGCUUGCAUAGUCAGGAUUAUGUUACAGCGAACGUCAUGACCUUGAAAAUAUUACGGCUUCAGUCAGAAUCACUGAUUUGUCGGUUCGAUUCGCAGUGACGCGUCUGUCUAAGGGGCACGUAAACCGUGUCAGUAAAUGAAGCACUUGCGAAUGUUUUGGAUUUGACUAUAAAUGACAGUAUGAAGGAUUUAAAAAAAUAAAUAAAUAAAUAAAUAAUGUUACUUAAGGGCGCACGGUGGAUUAGCGGUUAGCACGUUCGACCUCACACCUCCAGGGUCGGGGGUUGGAUUCCCACCGUGACCCUGUGUGUGCGGAGUUCGCGUGUUCUCCCCGUGCUCCGGGGGUUUCCUCCGGGUACUCCGGUUUCCUCCCCCAGUCCAAAGACACGCACGGUAGACUGAUCGGCGUUUCCAAAGUGUCCGUAGUGCAUGAACGGGUGUGUAUGUGAUUGCGCCCUGCGAUGGACUGGCACCCUGUCCAGGGUGUAGGCUCCAGGUUCCCCGCGACCCUGAAAAGCAUAAAGCGGUACAGAACAUGCAUGGAGGGAGAUGUUACUUAAGUUCAUUGCUCAAAGGAUUGGGCAUUUAGCUUGAAGUGUAUCUUCAGACACUCUGAACUGAACAGAUAAAUGAAUCCCCCAACGAUGCGUAUUACUCAAAUGUGACGAAGGUGUUGCAGUAAUGUCGUAUUAUCUUGUAUCGGUUUAUCAAUGGCCUUUAAUGUGAUAAAAAAAAAAAAAAAUUGUUAUUUUCCUGCAUAAUAUAACAAUACAAGUCAUUUUUUUAACCCUUAGAUUAGUAAAAGCGCAUUUUAGGUCAUAUUUUAGUUUCUGUAUUGUAUCUUCUUGUGAAUUUAUUUGUUUGUUGAUUCCUCUAACUUGCGUUUACCACUUGAGGGAGCGCUAAGGGUAAAACACACACACACACACACACACACACCCACUCCUGAUGGAUUUUCCUACACGCACCCAGCUGGCAUUUAUAGUAGAAACUUCUCUCAGGCGUCCCAGUGUGUCUGUACGAGCCUUGUUUUGGGUUUACUGUACCUCUCACCUGUGUCGGAUCUAUGAUCACUGUUACUGCACUCACGACGAACUGUUGUACGCGUCUAAAAACCCCAUUCAGAUCUCCAAUAUUGUACACAAGUAAACAUUUCAAGCCCGAUGCCCUUUUUAUUGUGAAUCUAUAUUUUUUGUGAAUUCCUUCUAUUUUGCUAUUUGUUCCAAAUAUUACCCGAACCAUGUUUUACCGAUUUUUGUCCGAAUAAAUCGUGAUCGUU